CGGAAGCGCUGUUCUUGUUACAGGGAGGGGUUCGGGCACACACCGGGCUUCCUGGAGAUUCUGUCGGUUGUUGCUGAACCGAAGCUCUUGUACAUAACACUCUUCGACAGGAUGGGCACUAGGGACGAUGAGUAUGAUUUCUUAUUCAAAGUUGUAUUAAUUGGCGAUUCAGGAGUAGGAAAAAGUAACCUUCUGUCCCGAUUUACCCGUAAUGAAUUUAACCUGGAGAGUAAGAGCACCAUUGGAGUAGAGUUUGCCACAAGGAGCAUUCAAGUUGAUGGCAAAACAAUCAAAGCCCAGAUCUGGGACACAGCUGGACAGGAGAGAUAUCGAGCCAUCACGUCAGCGUAUUACAGGGGAGCUGUUGGGGCUCUACUGGUUUAUGAUAUAGCCAAACAUCUGACAUAUGAGAAUGUAGAAAGAUGGCUAAAAGAGUUAAGGGACCAUGCGGACAACAACAUAGUCAUCAUGUUAGUCGGAAACAAGAGCGAUCUGCGCCAUCUAAGAUCAGUGCCUACUGAUGAAGCCCGAGCAUUUGCAGAAAAGAAUGGUUUAUCUUUUAUUGAGACAUCUGCUUUGGACUCAACAAAUGUGGAAGCUGCUUUCCAGACCAUCCUAACAGAGAUUUACCGCAUUGUUUCACAGAAGCAGAUGUCUGACAUCCGCGUGAAUGAUAUAUCCCCCAGUAACAACGUGGUUCACAUCGAUGUGCCACCCACCACUGAAAACAAACCAAAGUUGCAAUGCUGUCAGAACAUAUAAUGGCUGCUGCCUGCUGUAUGCCAGGCUUUUCCCUGGGCCAGCUGCAGAGGGGCCAGGCUAGGAAUUCCUGGCUCCUUUUCUAGGGGUGCCAGGUUCUGUAUAUUCCCCAUGUCCUGCCAUGGACUCUUUUUGGAAUUCUUUUUUUUUUUUUUUUCGUUGUUAAUAUAUAUUUUUUUUGCGUGUAUGUGUAUAAAUACUUUAAUUUUACUAUUCCAUCUGGAUUUUUACAUGUCUUAAAUUCUUAUUAUUUUCAAUGUUCUGUAUUAAAAUAUGAUCUAAUUCUCCUCCUCUGUUGCCCCUGCUUUCAGUUAGUCUCCCCCACCUCCCUCUCCAUCCUUAAUAAGACACUAUGGUUGCAGGUUCACCCCCCCCCUUGCCCUUUUAGACUCAGAGGCAUCUGUAUAAUAUAUUAAAUAAACGCAUGUUGCCUGCUGAAGGCAUUUUCUCCUUAUACUUUGUGAUCUCCCAUUUCUCUGUAUUACAUUAUGGUGACACUUUGUUCCUUUUUGCUGGAAGUCACUGGGAAAAUGUAAAUUUUGUAAGGGGAGAUCUGCUAUGUGUGUUAAAGGGACAUUUUGAUACAAUUUUGUUUUGGGAGUAUUUAACCCCAGCAUAUGUCAGUGCUAAAAGUUCCAACUUUUUAGGCUGAUUUUAAUUCUGAAAGAAGAGCCUCCUAGUGCCAGUUGUCACACAAAGAGAUAGGACCCUGUGUUAUGACCAUUCUUUUGGUUCUUUUGCCUGCCCAGUCAGUGAUCUUGAGUGAGUUUCAGUAAUAAAUGGAUGUGACACUGAAAAUUCAGUUCUCUAUAAAUGUUUAAUUAUAUGUAGAAAUAAAAAAUGUGAUGUUUUUCAUUGUU